CGCCCCCCGCGCUGCCGCCCGCGAGCCCGCAUCAUGGAUGGCGAGCUCUCCUGUUUCGCUUUGCUCGCCUUGGAAUCCGAGACCCCAGACGAGGAGCAGGAUUCAUGAACCGGCCUCAGGGGCCCGGGCAGGGGCCUCUGGCUCCCGACGCUGGCCGAGAGGUGAUGAGUGAGGUCGGAAGAUCGGAAGAUUUACAAAGCCACCGGGGCCUCCGUUUUGAAUGAAAGACCCAGUGCAAAGGCAUCAUCAUGAACACGAGCAUUCCUUAUCAGCAGAAUCCUUACAAUCCCCGGGGCGGCUCCAGUGUCAUCCAGUGCUACCGAUGUGGAGACACCUGCAAAGGGGAAGUGGUUCGUGUCCACAAUAACCACUUCCACAUCAGAUGCUUCACCUGUCAAGUGUGUGGCUGCGGCCUGGCCCAGUCGGGCUUCUUUUUCAAGAACCAGGAGUACAUCUGCACCCAGGACUACCAGCAACUCUACGGCACCCGCUGCGACAGCUGCCGGGACUUCAUCACGGGCGAGGUCAUCUCGGCCUUGGGCCGCACCUACCACCCCAAGUGCUUCGUGUGCAGCUUGUGCAGGAAGCCUUUCCCCAUUGGAGACAAGGUGACCUUCAGCGGGAAAGAAUGCGUGUGUCAGACGUGCUCCCAAUCCAUGACCAGCAGCAAACCCAUCAAGAUCCGCGGACCAAGCCACUGUGCUGGGUGCAAGGAGGAGAUCAAACACGGCCAGUCGCUCCUGGCGCUGGACAAGCAGUGGCACGUCAGCUGCUUCAAAUGCCAGACCUGCAGCGUCAUCCUCACCGGGGAGUACAUCAGCAAGGAUGGCGUUCCGUACUGCGAGUCUGACUACCACUCCCAGUUUGGCAUUAAAUGCGAGACUUGUGACCGAUACAUCAGCGGCAGGGUCUUGGAGGCAGGAGGGAAGCACUACCACCCAACCUGUGCCAGAUGUGUACGCUGCCACCAGAUGUUCACUGAAGGGGAGGAGAUGUACCUCACAGGUUCUGAGGUUUGGCACCCCAUCUGCAAACAGGCAGCCCGGGCAGAGAAGAAGUUAAAGCAUAGGCGGACGUCCGAAACUUCCAUCUCACCCCCUGGAUCCAGCAUUGGGUCACCCAACCGAGUCAUCUGCGACAUCUACGAAAACCUGGACCUCCGGCAGAGACGGGCCUCCAGCCCGGGAUACAUCGACUCCCCCACCUACAGCCGGCAGGGCAUGUCCCCCACCUUCUCCCGCUCGCCUCACCACUACUACCGCUCUGCUGGAGAAAGUAACAUCUACCGGAAACCCCCGAUCUACAAACGGCAUGGUGAUUUGUCAACAGCAACCAAGAGCAAAACAAGUGAAGACAUCAGCCAGGCCUCCAAGUACAGUCCAGUCUACUCGCCAGACCCCUACUACGCUGCAGAGUCUGACUACUGGACCUAUCAUGGGUCCCCCAAAGUGCCCCGAGCCAGAAGGUUCUCAUCUGGAGGAGAGGAGGAUGAUUUUGACCGCAGUAUGCACAAGCUCCAGAGCGGAAUUGGCCGGCUGAUUCUAAAGGAGGAGAUGAAGGCCCGGUCCAGCUCCUAUGCCGAUCCCUGGACCCCACCCCGGAGCUCCACCAGCAGCCGGGAGGCCCUGCACACAGCUGGCUAUGAGAUGUCCCUCAAUGGCUCCCCUCGGUCCCACUACCUGGCUGACAGCGAUCCCCUCAUCUCCAAAUCUGCCUCCCUGCCUGCCUACAGAAGAAACGGGCUGCACAGGACACCCAGCGCGGACCUCUUCCACUAUGACAGCAUGAACGCCGUCAACUGGGGCAUGCGAGAGUACAAGAUCUACCCUUAUGAACUGCUGCUGGUGACCACAAGAGGAAGAAACCGACUGCCCAAGGAUGUGGACCGGACGCGUUUAGAGCGCCACCUGUCCCAGGAAGAAUUCUACCAAGUCUUCGGCAUGACCAUCUCCGAGUUUGACCGGCUGGCCCUCUGGAAGAGGAAUGAACUGAAGAAGCAAGCCCGGCUGUUCUAGGCAGAGGCUCUAUAAAUAUAUAUGCAUUUAUAUAAAGAUAUAUGUAAAAUCUCUAUACUGAAGCUCCGUAUAAUCCUCUCUUGUGGAAUGGGGCACACUGCCUGCCAUGAAACGUCCUUUUCUGUACUGUCAGGCAAGCCCACGUCAUUGAGAUAUUUUUAUGCUCCUUACUUUCUCUUUUCUAAGUGCAAUGGGGUUUGGGAAGGGAUUUGAGGGGACUCCCAUCCUUUUACUGGUGGACCCUUUUUAUACUGAAACAUCUGUCCUAACUUGAGUCCCCCAAGUUCCAACUCUCCUUCCUAGAGGAGGUGCCUGCAGAAGUCUCUCUUCUCUCUGCUCCUUGGCUCUUUUCCCCAGCUGACCAUGCAGCUUUCACACCUUACUGGCCCCAGAGGGGCCCCCCAUGGGAGGAUCCACAGUGGUCCCCCAAAGUCACAGAGCACCCUUGAGAACCCUGAAGAGUUUUCUCAUCACCCGCAUUUAGGAGCUCGGUGCUCUCUGCGGGCAACGCGGUUGGAAGUGUGGGCCUCAGAUCUACUGGUUAUAGCAGUAAACAGAAGUGGAUAGGACCUUGGCCUCUCCUCAGCUCUUCAACCCUCCUCCUUCUGCCCUUGAUCCGAACCUCUCUCUGGUCCAAAUCUGCGACUCAUGGUAGGAAAAGAAAAGGCACUUCCCUUCCCUCUACCACUUCAACCGCCCCCUAGCCCUGACUGGAGAACCGGAGGGAAGGAGUUGAAGCUGGGAGCAGGAGACAGAGCAGGGCAUCUGUUAGAAUUGGAGCUGUGGGACCUCUGAGGACUCUCCACUCACCCUCACUGCUCCCAGCACCUCCUGACCCUUCCCCUUUGUAGGAGAGGCCCAUGAUUGCACCGGUAUUCUUCAGCCUUACUACAAUCUAUGUGCCUGACAACUCAACACACCACAGGGCUAGCGUUCCCAUCACAGCUCACCUGAACAACUGGACAGGUGACCUCUAACACUCUUCUAAAGCUGAUAUCGACCACGUCCCAGAGAAAGGUUCUCAGUCUAUACCUGCUGGUCCCUGGGCUGUCAGGGCCUUCCAACCAGACCCCCACCAGUCCGACUCCCACUGCAAAGUUGGCCAUGUUUCAUGGGGGAAACUUCGGAAGAAUGGCUGCUUAUGAGAUUCCAAAAUGAAGCAUUGGCCAACACUGUUCAUGAUCAUCCUGGAUCUCCCCAGAGGCUGCCUGUCCUGCCUCCUUGCCUUCUGGAACAGAGGUUAAAGCGCAACCUUUUCUCCUCCCCUCUCUAACCUUUGGCCCUGAGUUGCUGUUGUCUGGUGGGGUCUGUUUCUUCUUGGAGAUGCCUUGAGUCAGACCAUUUUGAGGUCAUGGAGGAACGACGAAGAAGUGGAAAUGACAGUUAUGUCUCUCAAGAGGCUGGGGAUGUGACGUGGCAAAUGUAGAACUGACUUCAACGAACCCUCACUAAGCACCUGCUGACGCUGAGCACCUGCUGUAUACUGAGCACUGAAUGGGGGAGGGAGAUGGGAACACAGGGACGAUCAACAUGAGCCGGUCUAGGGGGCAUGCCUGCUAAUAAUGGGUAUCAGAAGGCAUGUCCCCAAACAGGAUGGAUGUAAGGCAGAAAGUGAUAGGAGAUGGCGUGAGAAAGUGUUUGUGACAUUACUGAAAAGGCAUAUGCAGUCGGUGCAGACCAAGGAAAGCUUUCUGGAAGAGAUUGCAUUUGAGCAAAAUUCAGGACAGAUCUUUGUAAACUGGGAGAAGACUGUAACUUGAAAGGGUAAUAGGAUGAGGGGCCGGAAGGGAGGUCUAGGAUGCUCUCAUUUAAAAUGUCAAACCUCUCUGCCACUUCUCUUUUUGGCCAAUGUCUUUCAACUGUCCUAACCCUUUAGAAGUGUCCCCAGCCAGAUGCAAUCAUAGAAACUGCCUCAUUAUCACUGGUUGAGAACUUGGCGAGAUUGAAGGGCUUUUGUUAUUGUUGUUGGAUAUUUUUGUUUCCCAUAAAAGCACAUAAUUUCAACCC